AUGCAACGGUGGUCGAGCGUCAUUCUAAUUGUAUUAUGCUGUUUGUUACGGGAAGCGCUCUCCUAUACCGAACCGAGUAAGUUUUCCGAGAGAGCGAAAAAAAAAUCAAAGUCCAUUUCGAUGUAUCAUAGUCAAGUCAGUCAUAAAUUGCCUUCAUCAAUCCAAGUGCAGCGAUAACUUUUUUUUCUCUUUUUCAAGAAAAAUUGAAAUAAAAACAACAUAGGGGAGAUAUCCUUUGGGAGAUGACGAGGCAGCCGCGCAUUUCAAUCAACACCGAGAAAAAACCGACCAAAAUUGAAUUGUAUAUACAUUCACCUUGGGGAAUGAAUUUUUACAGUUUACGAAAUUGUCGAAGAGGACACACCAAUUGAUGAUUAUGAGGUGGCAAGAAAAUUAGAGCAAAGUGGCAGAGUUUUCUCCAAGAGAGGUAAUCAAGAUUUUCAAGUCUAUUCCAAUGUUCAUCUAUUUCAGAUAUUGAUGGAAAUAUGCCAGGAGUGUUGAGAUUUGGUAAACGUGAAAGUGGAGUUCAGAAAAAAGAGAUGCCAGGUGUCUUGCGCUUUGGCAAACGUAACAUCUUUGAUGAGACGAAACGAGUUCCAGGAGUGUUGAGAUUCGGAAAACGAUCAGAUAUUCUUGACAAACGGGAGAUGCCUGGAGUUUUGCGUUUUGGUAAACGUGCGACUAUUCAAGAAAUUUUUGAUAAACGCGGCGAAGUUCCCGGAGUUCUUCGAUUCGGAAAACGAAAUGUUCCAGGAGUUCUCAGGUACCCUCGAAAACUGGUUUUGAUAUGCGAAACUUGAAAUUUUCCAGAUUCGGUAAACGCAGUGACUUUGGUGAGCAAUACGCUGGAAUUUUGCUCAAGAAGAGUGCACCGGGAGUUUUGCGAUUCGGACGCAAAUAG